UAAAUAGAUCAACCCGAGUCAAUAAGACUCCAUCAUAAUCGAUCGACCAUCCGUAGCAAGUUCGAUGCAGCCAGAGAACCGAGAACUCUACCGCUUUCUUGCCCAGAAUGGCUUAAUCAACAGUCAGCCUUAUGGAUUAUUUCCCGGCGGAGUAGCUAAUUGUGAGUUUUCAUCUUCUGCUGUUCCUAUGCAGCAGAGCUUUUGCGGCUCCUCCUCUUAUUACAGCAAUAACAACGCCUUGAAUAAUAGUCUGGAGGUUUCUGGGGUUCUCAGUAUUACUAGUACUGAUACCACUACUACACCUAACGAUAGAGCCCUAGCUGCUCUCAACAAUCACAAGGAGGCUGAGAAGAGAAGGAGAGAGAGAAUUAACUCCCACCUCGAUAAGCUUCGAUCACUUCUUCCUUGUAAUUCCAAGACAGACAAAGCCUCCCUGUUAGCAAAGGUUGUUGAACGAGUGAAGGAGCUCAAACAACAAAUGUCAGAAAUCACAGAACUGGAAACCUUCCCUUCUGAAACUGAUGAAAUCACUGUACUUUGCUCCAGUGAGGAUGAUUAUUCGAGCAACGGACGAAUUAUCUUCAAAGCGUCAUUGUCCUGCGAGGAUCGACCAGAACUCCUACCCGAUCUAAUUGAAAUACUAAAAUCCCUCCAUUUGAAGACACUUAGAGCUGAAAUGGCGACUCUUGGAGGAAGAAUUCGCACUGUGCUUAUUGUUGCGGCGGAUAAAGAUCACACAAUUGAAUCAGUUCCUUUCUUGCAGAAUGCAUUCAAGUCUUUAUUAGAACGAUCAAAUUCUAGUGAGACAUCUAAGAGGCGUCGCCGUGUAUUAGAUCCAUCGUUACUCGUCUAGCGCAGCCUAAUCAUGAAUUAUACAAUUUACUAGCUGAUGGCAAUAUUUUAAUUUUCGAUUU